AUCCAUUUUUUUUUCUUUUUCUUUUUCUUUUUCUAUGCAUACGCUGUAAACGAUUGCUAGGGACUUCCAAGCCAAAUUUUACUUUUUCGAUUUAUAUCGUACCAUACAUCAUUAUUCAUUACAUGGUCUAGAAAAGUCCACAAAAUUCUAACUUUUAACUACAUAUCCUCGUAAAAAAAAAAAAAAAAAAAUAUACUACAUCAUAUCCACUAAUCUCCAGAAAUUUCCACUCAACCCAAAUGCUUCACAAAUAAACAGACCAAAAUUUAUGGAACCGACAAUACACAAGAACAAUCCAGAUCCUCCUUGACCAUAACAAUCUACAGCAACUCCACCCUUAUAUAUAGACUAUCCCUCCAUUGCUCACUUUACAACUCAUCACGCACAACAUCACUUAACCAAAAGAGAAAACCAAACAAACAAUUCCCCUCUAAUCACACAAGCAUCCUUUCCUUUAAAAAUCCUUAACGCACCAUAUUAUUAUACAUAACAUAUAACUAUUUACUACAAAAAUGACAAAAACAAAUAUAACAAAAAUACUCCUCAUAUUUGUAGGACUUCUCGUCCUCCCUGCUAAGGGUCUAGUGCCCUUCUUCUCAAGGACACUAUGGGACGAUCUCGACGACCCAUUUCGCAUUUUAGAGCAAACCCCACUUCCCCUUCCUCUUCCCAAAAACAAUCACUUGGAAAAUGUACACCUUGCAAUAUUAGCAAGAGCAGAUUGGAAAGAGACCCAAACUUCCCACAUUAUAACUCUUGAUAUUCCUGGUAUGAAAAAAGAGGAACUCAAGAUCGAGGUGGAAGAAAACCGGGUGUUGAAGGUAAGUGGAGAGAAGAAGGCUGAGGAGGAAAAUGAGGGUGAUAAAUGGCACCGUGUUGAGCGUACUACUGGUAAGUUUUCGAGGCGAUUUCGGUUGCCGGUGAAUGCGGAUUUGGAUCGUAUUAAGGCUCACCUUGAAGAUGGGGUGUUGAAGAUUAUUGUGCCUAAGCUUGCUGAGGAGAAGAAAAAACAGAGUAAGGUUAUUGAUAUUGCUGUGGAUAAGUCUACUGCUGAGGAUCUUAAGACUAGUAAGGCUGAUAUGUAAAUGUGAAUCAUGUUGGAAGAUUUCAUAUGUGUGACAAUCUUGUAAUAAUAUCAGUGUUAAAUUUUCUUCUCGUGCAGGAGGGUGAUCAUAGAUCACUAAAAUAAUGUGAGCAUGUAUAAUGUAUUAAUAGUAAUCUAGUAAGUGAAAGAAAUUGAAACGUAUGAGUUUGUCUU